AUGCUUACCCAUUGCCUCGUAUAGAUGACUUGCUUGAUGCUGCAAACUCCGCAUGUGUAUUGACUAUCGCGGUCUAAACCGCAUCACAAGAAAGAAUGCUUACCCAUUGCCUCGUAUAGAUGACUUGCUUGAUGCCGCAUACAGGUGCAAGGUUUUCUCCAAGAUCGAUCUCAAGUCUGGUUACCACCAGAUUGAAGUCGAUCCUGCGGACCAGCACAAGACUGCAUUCAAAACUCGCGACGGGCUUUAUGAGUUUACCAUAAUGUCCUUCGGUCUCACGAACGCACCAGUCACUUUCCAAAGCCUCAUGGACAAGGUCCUCCGCGAACAGAUUGGCAGGUUUGUAGUCGUGUACCUGAACGAUAUCCUGAUUUUCAGUAAGUCCAUGGAGGAACACCUCAAGCAUCUUGAGGAGGUACUUGUUGUCCUCAAGAAGACGCAGCUCCUUCUCAACUUGGAGAAAUCCGAGUUUGGGAGGGAUAGCGUCAUCUAUCUUGGGCACCGGUUGUCUGCUGCACGCCUAGAGCCUGAGGCAACCAAGAUUGAGGUCAUACGCGAUUGGCCUCAGCCUGUGAACAUUCGUGAAUUGCGUUCUUUUUUUGGUCUCGCGUCGUACUAUCGGAAGUUUGUACCCCGUUUUUCUAUCAUUGCUCAUCCAUUGUCGCGACUAACCARCAAGAAUGUGUCUUAUUCCUGGGAUGCCGCGUGUACGGAAGCAUUUCGAACUCUCAAGGAAGCCUUGGUAAGUUAUCCGGUACUCCGCAUUGCAGACCCCAAACCGACCUUCGUAGUUACUACGGAUGCAAGUCAAUAUGGGAUCGGUGCGGUGCUGCAACAAGAUGAUGGCGACGGCCUGCGGCCACUCGAGUACUACAUCAAACGAAUGUCCAGCGUAAAGGUAGCCACUUCCACCUACAUGCGCGAGCUCUACGCUUUGCACAUGGCAUUGGAUCACUGGAAGUAUUACCUGUUGGGACGCCACUUCAAAGUGUUCUCUGAUCAUGAGCCCUUGAAGUGGAUCAAAAUGCAGACUACUUUGUCCCCUACCUUGCUUCGCUGGUUUCAUGAGAUUAACAUCUUCGACUUUGAACUCAGACACAAAAAGGGUUGUUACAAUCGAGUCGCUGACGCAUUGUCACGCCACCCUGAGUACAUGACUUGCCUUGUGAAAUCCUAUGACCUCCGGAAGAAACUGAAGGAGGAACUCGUAGAGCAGACAGUCAAGGAUCCGGAACUUAGUUCCAUCCUUGAGCAGUUGCGGGCUGAUUCUAGUAGUCAGUCUGAUUUCCACGAGUAUGGAGGACUGAUUUUUCGUCGUUACGGGAACCAUGACCGUUUGUGUGUACCCAACCAUGAGCCUCUCCGCACACACUUUUGGGACUUGGCUCAUGGCCGGAGCGAGCACUUCGGCAUGGCUAAAACGUACGCUAAUUUGCUGACACAGUUUGAUUGGCCUGGUAUGAAAGAGACUGCUGAGAAAUUUAUAGUUGAAUGUCAAGUCUGUCAACGAAUCAAACCAUGCGGACAAAAGCCCAUCGGGCUACUCACACCCCUACCCAUUCCUGAUGGUCCCGGGGAAUCCGUCUCCAUCGAUUUCACUGACAUGGGUAAGGUAAGCAAGAACGGGUUUUCACAAGUCAUGGUGAUUGUUGACCGGUUUUCAAAGUUUCUCAAUCUAAUUCCUUUACCACCUCACGCCCCAACAGAUCUAGGGAUUCGCGAAUUCCAGCAGAAGUACCUGUUGCAAUUCGGAACCCUGAAGACUCUUGUGAGCGAUCGGGACCCACGUUUCAUUAGCAUUGAAUGGAAGGAGUUCACGUCCCACCUUGGAAUCAAACUAUGCAUGAUAUCUGGCCGACACCCCGAAGCCAACGGUUUGGCUGAGGAGAUCAACCAGACUGUAUUCCAACUACUCCGUGCGUUGAUCAUUCCUGAUCAGGAAACAUGGGAUGAGGAGUUGUAUUCUGUCAAGGGGUUGUACAACAACUCCGUCCAUUCUGCCACCGCCACGACACCUAACAGGCUGCAUUACGGGUGACAGAUCAGUAAUCCGCUCUCCUACUUAUUCCUUGAACAGCCAGCUGGUUUAACAUUC